AUGUCCAACUCUUUCAAAAUCGCGGUAUCUUCUACAGCUUUGUCUGCCUUGAAGUCUCGGAUUGAAAGCGCUACGUUCCCAGAUGAGCUGGAUGACGCAGGAUGGGCCUACGGGGUACCUCUUGCUGACAUGAAACGACUCGUCGCGCGUUGGCGCGAUGGAUUCGAUUGGAGGCAGGAGGAACAGAAGCUCAACAAUGAGCUGCCUCAAUUCACACGAGAUAUCGAGGUGGAUGGGUUUGGAUCCUUGAACGUCCACUAUGUAUACAAGAAAAGUGACCGGGGGACGGGCAUACCAUUACUUUUUGUGCAUGGAUGGCCUGGAAGCUUCCUUGAAUCUCGCAAAAUAAUUCCUUUGUUAACCAAAGGGUCUGGGGACUCUCAAUGUCCUGUUUUUGAUGUGGUCGCUAUCAGUCUUCCCGGAUUUGGAUUCUCCGAAGCACCUAAGAAAAAAGGAUUUUCGUUAUCACAAUACGUUGAGGUCUCGCACAAACUAAUGAUUGCUCUUGGGUAUACGGAGUAUGUGACACAAGGCGGGGAUUUAGGCUCUAGGGUUACUGCAGGAAUUGCCCGCCGCUAUGGCGGAAUGCAUUCUAAAGCCUGGCAUACCAACGUUCUAUUCUCUAUGCCUCCAGAGAAUGAUGAUCCGAGCUCUUACACUGCUUCUGAGAAGGAAGGUCUUGCUCGUUGGCAAGAAUUCCAGCGCUCUGGAAGCGGCUAUUUUCAACUGCAUUCGACAAAACCGCAGACUUUAGGAUAUAGCUUGGCAGACUCACCUGUUGGGCUGCUUGCCUGGAUUUACGAAAAACUUGUGUCUUGGAGUGAUAACUAUCCUUGGACUGAUGACGAGGUCCUAACAUGGGUGUCAAUCUAUUGGUUCUCACGCGCUGGGCCUGCAGCAUCUAUCAGGUUCUACUACGAAGUCGCACAUUCCGGCCAAGCAUUAGGUACCAAGUCCUCCCCACCAACUAUCCCAAUGGGAUGCUCGCUCUUCCCAAAGGAACUCAUACGCAUCCCGAAGAGUUGGUAUCCUGGUGUUGGAGAUGUGGUCUUUGAAGCCGAGCACGACAAAGGCGGGCACUUCGCAGCCCAUGAACAACCCGAAUUGCUUGUUGGGGACUUGAGAAAGAUGUUUGGGAAGGGUGGGCCGGUUUAUGGCGUAGUUACCGGGCGAGAUGGAUACAAUUAA